UCAAUCCCGAGUUCCAGCAUCUGCUAAAUAGAUGACACGAAGUAGCUCGAGAGUCUAGUUGCCCUCAGCCUCAGCUAGAGGUGGGUCGGCUCCUAGGCGCUGCUACCAGUGUAACUACGCUAAGGCAUCACCGUCAACAGAGAGUGACAAGUAACCGAAGACCGAUAACGAGGAAGAGGAAGAAAAAUCACCUGUCAUGACCGGGAGAAGCGGCCGAACCCGGCUCCUUCUUCUGGGGAUUGCCGCCUUCCUGGUCCUCCUGGAAAGCACCGAAACCCAGGCGGCGAGAACCAAGAUCAGGCAUCACCGUAUAAGACCGGUUCAGGCUCAACAGCCGGACACUGCACGUAACACCGAUUAUGACUAUGAACCUGAGUACUACGACACCUACGACGACUACGAGGAGCAAAUCAAGAACGAAACGCAGCCGUCCGUAAGUCCCGUACCAGAAGAAAACGGUGCCCCGCCAGUAAGACCAACGUCUGCAUCGUCUGGAUCAACAUCAUUUGGUGAAAACUUGGUCGGUCCGAGACUGCCCGGAAGUGCGCCGACAACAUCAUCCCCUGAUAAUCCGCCGACUGAGACAGUUCCGGAAUCGCCGGAACCACCAAGCGGAGGUGGUGACAACGUUGGCUGCACAUUCGAUGGGGUGCCCCAUGGAGCCGACGAUGAAUGGAAGCCAGACCGUUGCACAUCGUGCCGCUGUAUUCGGGGAAAAGCUGAAUGUUCCCAAUCGAUUCCAUGCCUAUCAGGUGGAAAUUGCGACGGUGUGGUCUGUGUUCAGAUAUCCUGUGAGACAGAACAAUACAUUCCUCUGGGCCAGUGCUGUCCCGUAUGCGCAGAGCCUGGACCAAUAACAGGAGGAGCCGCUUCCCUACAACCAAAUUUACCGUCAGGAAUUCUCCCGGGAGAGAGCAAUCGGGUCAAUUCAAUUGCAGUCUCCGGUCCAAGGGGAGAGCCGGGACGCCCGGGAGACGGCGGUCGUCAAGGAGACGCGGGAUUUCCGGGAACCCCCGGCACUCCAGGCAUUCCUGGACCACCCGGACCUCCGGGACCCGCACCUGACGUGUCCCUGUACUAUCAACAACUCGCCUUGUCGCAAGCUGGACAAGACAAAGGUCCUACAGGAGCUGCCGCACCUUUGUACGGAGGUCCUGACGCAUAUGCUUAUAUGCAAGCUCAGGUUGGUCCCGUUGGACCUCGCGGGCCUCCAGGACCGAACGGCAAUCCCGGUCCUCAGGGCUUCCAAGGAAUACGAGGCGAGCCCGGAGAACCCGGACCCAUGGGACCAACCGGCCUGCCGGGACCUCGAGGAUUAACCGGACUUCCCGGAAAGGAUGGUAACGCUGGCGAGGACGGAGAGUCAGGGCCUCAGGGUUCUCCGGGCCCUAUGGGCCCGAGAGGUCUACCGGGAAUGCCUGGCCUUCCUGGUAUGAAGGGACACCGUGGAUUUCCUGGUCUGGACGGAGCGAAAGGAGAGCAAGGUCAUUCGGGAGAGAAAGGAUCUUCCGGUGGGCCGGGACCGAUGGGUCCCAUGGGGUUAAUGGGUCCAGCUGGUCCGCGCGGCGAGCGAGGGCGCGAAGGAUCUCCGGGACCCCCGGGAAUCCGAGGAAUCGAUGGCAUUUCAGGGCCACCCGGAGUGCCCGGUGUACCAGGAAAAUCAGGACCUCCCGGUUUUCCGGGUAGCCCCGGUAAUAAAGGGGAUCAAGGUGCUCAAGGUUCUAAGGGCAGUAUGGGUCUCCAAGGACCAAGAGGCGAAUCUGGACGCCCCGGCCAACCUGGAGAAUCUGGACCAUCCGGGCCGCAAGGAAAAGAUGGUUACCCGGGAGAAAAAGGGAGUACCGGAGCACCCGGGAUGCUGGGACAACCCGGUUUUCCUGGAGUUCGGGGGCAGCCGGGGCUAGCUGGGAAUCCGGGAACUCCGGGAGCGAAGGGGAUGCCGGGCUUGCCAGGCGAAAGAGGAUACAAGGGUGAAAUCGGGGCGAAGGGUGACUCCGGAGCUCCCGGUCCUCGCGGUAUGCCCGGACCAGCCGGCAACGAGGGUAAAAGAGGAAAGCGAGGAAUGCGAGGUUCCAUCGGGGCCUCCGGGCCUCCGGGUGAACGCGGAAUACCCGGUGUUCGCGGGCUUCCCGGUCCCGACGGCGCCUUAGGGCCCAAAGGACAAACCGGAGAUCGUGGACCCGUUGGAGGAAGUGGUCCAAAGGGUGCGACCGGAGAUCCAGGGAGGCCAGGUCUGCAAGGCUUGCAGGGUCCUCGAGGGUUAAUGGGACGUCCUGGUGGACCAGGAAAACCUGGGAAUCCGGGAGAGCGAGGAAUUCAGGGUGCGGACGGAAAGCCCGGUGAUAUCGGACCAAUGGGACUACAGGGAUUACCGGGACCCCUGGGACUUCCUGGAGACAAAGGAUACCCAGGAGAACCUGGAAGAGACGGUGAGCCAGGUGCACAAGGUCCACCGGGGCCCAGAGGUGACUCUGGUAAGGACGGACCAUCGGGUGCACCAGGUCCUCAAGGACCGCCCGGAAGCGAUGGAGGCCGAGGGCCACCAGGUCCCGCAGGUCCCAGAGGAUUCCAGGGAAUGCCUGGAAGCAGCGGUAACCCGGGAAUGCCAGGGAAGGACGGAGAAGUAGGACUUCAGGGUCCACCCGGACUUCCGGGACCUUCUGGAAAUCGAGGAGAACGUGGUUUUCCCGGGGAACGUGGUCCAGUCGGGUCACCCGGGGCACCGGGACUAAGGGGAGAAUCAGGAUCGCAGGGCAAUGACGGAUUUCCGGGUAUCCCAGGAUCCAAGGGUGAUAAAGGACACUCAGGACUGCCCGGGCUAAUAGGAUUGCCCGGACUUCGGGGCGCGCCAGGAAUGCCUGGCGAUAAAGGAGAAAGAGGAUCGUACGGGCCCGUGGGUCCUGAAGGACCAGCAGGAAGAAUGGGCGAGCGUGGGCCGCAAGGACCAAUGGGACAGCCGGGGCCACCCGGGGAACCAGCUGAGCGUGGAGACACCGGACCUCCGGGAGUCCCUGGUGAAGCCGGAGCUCCUGGUAACCCCGGAGAAAGAGGACCUCAAGGUCCCCAAGGCCUUCAGGGCUUCCCCGGACCGCAUGGUCUUUCCGGAUUGCCCGGUGUGAAGGGGGAGCGUGGGUAUCAAGGAUUGAAGGGAGACCAAGGGAGCCCUGGAGCGACAGGAAAUCCUGGGGAACCGGGACUCCCGGGUCUGGUCGGAUUGACCGGAGCCAAAGGAGCUCGGGGCGAAGCCGGUACCAGGGGUGAACCUGGAUUGAUGGGUCCUCCGGGCUUGCCAGGACUACUAGGAGCUGCGGGUCAACCAGGCGCUCCGGGAGCUCCAGGUCUCGCGGGGCUACCGGGGGUCAAGGGAAGCCAGGGGGACACCGGUCGAACCGGCAAUCCCGGACCGAUGGGUAACCCUGGAAUGCCAGGAGUGGAGGGUAUGAAAGGGGAAAGUGGAUCGGAGGGGCCGCCAGGCCUGAGUGGUCCACCGGGGCCGCAAGGACCGGCAGGAGACCGAGGAAUGCCCGGACUACCGGGGCCCGCGGGAGCCGUCGGCCUCAGAGGGAUGCGAGGUGCUCCAGGUGAAACUGGAUUACCCGGAAAACCAGGACCCGAGGGACCGCUAGGACCUAACGGAAUGCCUGGCCCUGCCGGACCUCCAGGUCCUGGUGGUGAGGCCGGUCCAGAAGGGUCUCCGGGAAAACAAGGGCAACCGGGAAUUGCUGGAAGGCCUGGAGACAAGGGACCGCCUGGUAUGCCUGGAUCGUCCGGAAAUCCUGGACCGAGUGGAUUGCCUGGACCGCCAGGACAAUCUGGACCACAAGGACCGGCGGGAGAAAGAGGCCUGAGAGGAGAAGCCGGCCCUCAGGGUGUCGAAGGACAACGGGGUGCGACGGGUAAGCCGGGGCCUGUUGGUCCCGAGGGAAUAAAGGGUGAUCGCGGAGAGCCCGGACCAACCGGUGCGAAGGGACACCGGGGGCUGAUCGGGCUUCAAGGACUGCAGGGAUCACCGGGUUUCCCUGGUGAAAAGGGAAUGGUCGGAGCUCCUGGCCUGGAUGGAAAGAACGGAGAGAUUGGCGUGCGGGGUCUCCCAGGUAGAGACGGAAGCCAAGGGCCUCAAGGUAUGCCUGGAAACACGGGGCCCAGGGGUCCGCCCGGAGAAGAAGGACGACACGGAGCAACUGGACCACCGGGACCACCAGGUCCCCCGGGACCCCCGGGAGAACUUGGCCUUGGCUACGACGCGGCAUCUUUGGCUGCUCUUCUGAACGCUGGUCAGGGCCAGAGUAAGGGUCCCGACCCACUGAGCGGUGAUGAACCAGCAAGGAUAUUCGGCAAGGAUAUCACCGAGGCAGAGCGCAAGGAACUUAUAAUGAAAGCGUACGAGCAGCUCAAAGCGUCCUUCCAGAAGUACGUCAAACCGGAUGGGCAGAAACAAUCGCCAGCAAAAACCUGUAGGGAUCUUUUCGUCGCAUACCCGGAAAAACCGAGUGGCGAAUAUUGGAUAGACCCGAACGAAGGAGACCAGCGUGAUGCAAUCCUGGUUUAUUGCGAUGUUGAAAAUCGGAAGACCUGCCUGUUGCCGAAACCGCCUCAAUCCCCCGAAAUCACAUAUAUCGGUAACGAACAGGAAGUUUGGCUGAGUGAGAUGGAAAACGGAAUGCAGAUUACUUAUAAGGCCGAUACCAACCAGAUAAGUUUUAUGCAACUACUGUCCAGCCAUGCUGAACAAAACGUUACUUACCACUGCAAAAAUACCGUCGGCUACUUUGAUUCCGAACGACGAACAUACAGGCGGGGAUUGAAGCUUCUUGCGUGGAACGACGUCGAGCUUACACCCCGUGGUAAUCAGCGGCUGCGGUACGACAUGAUAUUGGACGAGUGUCGGGAACGUUCUCACCAAUGGGGCAAGACGAUGAUCAGUUAUCAAACGGACAAACCGGUUCGUCUGCCGAUAUUAGACGUUGGCUUGAGGGACGUUGGUAAGCAGGAUCAGAGAUUUUCAGUGGAAAUUGGUCCCGUGUGCUUCAGAUAAAAAUCGAUUGAUGGUGAUUCUAUGUCAUUUGUCUACCUGAAUGACCGGCUUACCACGCGUUCUAUUGUAUGAUUUUUGUAUUUUGAAUACAUGCUACUUUGAGCACUAAUGGUUAUUUUUCAUUCGUAUAUAACGUUCAAAAUAUACGCAUAUGACAAUUUUGCAAUUCAAAUGUAUACCAAUACGCAUAUAAAUACUUGAAUAUACACAUAUCUGAACAAUAUCACGUAUAUCUACAUGAAUUAAGCGUUGUACGUAAUUACAGGUGUAAGAUGAUUACGGAUCGCAAAUAUCUAUACAUUUAUACAUAUAAUGAAGCAUAUGGUACCGACCUGUACAGUUACAAUUAUUGAGAUCGUUCAAAAUAAUUGUUAUACUUGUUAUAAAAAUGAAUGAUGUGACAUGUAAUGUAGUACAUGUUAUGUAGUACAUUAUUUGAUAUUGCACUACGAAUAUAUUAGUUGAGCGACUGCAGCAGAAUGCAUGUAAAAGUCUCACACUGCCAGCAUAUGAUCUAGGUAUAUUCAUAUUUUACGCUAAGGAUAAGUAAGUUUGCACCUCUUAUGACUUAAGUUAAUCGAAACAAAUUUAGAGUUAUCUCGAAUAGGAAUCUUCGGCGGAGAAUUCUUCAACCUAGGAUAUCACUUAUUUUACUCACUACAUAAAUACACAUAAUUGUACUCAUUGCACGACAUUUAAUCUAUAGGAGUUAAGUAUUACUUUGUAAAUACACAAUAAACCCAAUAUAAACGUACGCUUGGACUAUUUUUUUUUACACCAUGUUUUUACACCAUGUAAGUAGAUAUUUAUGGCGCUCUCGAAAUAUAUAUUAUCUGGUGGAUAUUCACGCAUCACA